AGUGGGGCGCCUCGAAACUAGUUCUCGUGGAGUCCGCUGCGCGAGAUUGGCGCGUGGCGGUGCAAUAACGUCCGCGUCGGGUUUGUCUAAUCGUGACACAGUCCUCGAGAGAAGCUUUUCAUCUAGUAAAAAGAGUGCACCAGACAGGGAGUGUUCUAAGAGACUCAGACUCAGUGUUAACGGGGGACUGGUGAACGGUAGUGAAUUCCCGUGGUCAGGUUAGUUGGAUAAAAGUAAAGGGGUUGAAGGUAGGAACGCGGACGAAGAAGAGACGUCGACAAGCGGGGGAGAGUGCUAGUGGCAACUAAGUGAGCGAGAUAGGUUCAACAGAAAGGAAAAGGGUGUGAGCGGGAAAGAGACAGACAGUCAGUCGAAGGGGAAGGGGGGAUUUACAGGGGGUGAAGAAAGAGUGAGAAAGUGUUAGGUUGGUAUAUAGUGGUAAAGGGAAACAGAGGAACCGAGACGCGCGCGCGCGUCUAUGUGCCAGAAGGAACUGACAGACAAAGGAAGUGGAAAGGACUCGGUCGGUCCUUCGGUCAGGAAAGUUAAGGGUACGAAGGACGGUAGGAAGGUAGGAAAGACGGAAGGAUCGUAGUCAGACGAAGCUGCGUUACGGGGCGACAGAAUUACGAGUGAUAGAACGCGUCGGGUCUGUCCCCCAGGAAGGGACCGUCGCGCGCAACGCGAUCAAUUUUCGUUGCGACGCGGGCGGCGAGACUGGAGGAAAGGAAGAAAUGACGACUGCAGCAAGAUACCGAUAACCGGCCAGAUAAUGUUGUCGCAGAGCAAGUUUUACGCUCUCUUUAUCCACUACACGUUUGUGUAGCGCGACACGGGGCGGGUCCUUGCCGCUGCGGUGAAGUACAGAGGUGCCGGAAGAGGAGGUGGAGGCGCGAGGAGAACAAAGGAUACGAAGAAGAGGAAGAAGAAGAAGAAGCGGAAGAACGAAGGAAAGCAGUAAGAGAAUCGAAGAUAUAAGAUAAGGGAACGGAGAUAUUCGUUUGGAAUUUUCCGAGGAAAGUCACGAAGCUACGUCGUGAUUCGUACGUCAUUUAUAAUUAUAGCGGAGGAAGAAACAGAAAAAAGGAAAGAAACGAGCGAGAAACGAAAGAGAAAACGAAGAGAGCAAGAGAAAGGAAAGAGACACACACUACACACACGCACGCAUACAGAAAAGACAGAAAAGUUUGUCGUCGUACGGUGUGUUCAGUUUACAGUGUCGUUGCUUGGUAGUGUGCUACCCUUGCCGAAGCUGAACAAGUAAGGCCCGCGGAGGUAUCUCAGAACCCGCCCCUCCUCGACGUCGCAGUGCCUCUUCUCCAUAUCGCUACGUCGUGCUUCUUUUCGUUCAAGCCGCGACUAUCCCUACGCUAACGGAGAAACUCCUCGACCAUAAGUAUCGAUCGACUCGAAGAUCAGACUAUGUUAUUUCGAAUAACGGAUUGAUCACACCCGUCGCUUCAUUCACACGUCGGACAUGAAAAAUCUUGGUUCGCGUUGGACGGUCCCCGACAUAGCACGCACUGCCGCAGCGCGUUCGUCAUUUCUCGUCGCCAUUUCGUCGGAACGAGAUUUAGGUAGCAGCAACAGUAACAUCAUCAUCAACGAUAGGAGCAGCAGCAGUAUUAGCGUUAAAGUCAGAAGAAGCAUCGUUAGAAGUAGCGGUAGUGUGCGCAGUAAGGAAAAUAUUAUCAGAGGCGUCACGGCGAUCGAGAAGAAUAAGAGGGAAACGAAGAGCAUCGGUAGAUCGGCAGUCGACGUGCUGCACGAGUCGCAUUUAUCCGUCCGAUCGUACGUAACGGCGUCGUCAAAUCGGUUCGACGGCACGACGCAUUCCGAAUCGACGCCCACGUACCGGCCUCUAGCCGGCAAGUCGCGCGGUUCCCAGCAUCGGUCUCGUCCUCGUCAGCCACAGCCGCAGCCACCACAGCAGCCACUCUAUUACCCCCCCGCAUCGUGGGAUACGCGCACAUUACACUUCAGGAACUGUUAGCACCGAUCAAAAGAAGGUGGCUCAGCUGUGUGCAGCUUAGACAAUGUCCGAAGAUUCUGACUCUGUAUCAGAGGAAGAAAGAAGUUUGUUCCGUCCGUUCACGCGGGAGUCCCUGGCAGCGAUCGAGGCUCGCAUCGCCGAGGAACAUGCCAAGCAGAAGGAGCUCGAGAAGAAGAGAGCGGAAGGCGAGGGAGGUUUUGGACGGAAGAAAAAGAAAAAAGAAGUUCGGUAUGACGACGAGGACGAGGACGAGGGUCCUCAGCCGGAUCAGAUGCUCGAGCAAGGAGCACCGAUUCCGGUCCGACUGCACAACGAAUUUCCACCCGAGUUGGCCUCCACACCUCUCGAGGAUAUCGAUAGCUUCUAUCAUAACCAAAGGACCUUCGUCGUCAUCAGCAAGGGAAAGGACAUAUUCAGGUUCUCAGCGACAGAUGCGAUGUGGAUCCUCGACCCGUUCAACCCAAUACGACGUGUGGCCAUUUACAUAUUGGUUCACCCACUGUUCUCCCUCUUCAUUAUCACUACAAUAUUGGUUAACUGCAUACUCAUGAUCAUGCCCACUACGCCCACCAUCGAGUCUACGGAAGUGAUAUUUACGGGCAUCUACACAUUUGAGUCCGCCGUUAAGGUGAUGGCGAGGGGUUUCAUUCUGCAGCCUUUUACCUAUCUUAGAGAUGCAUGGAAUUGGCUCGACUUCGUAGUUAUAGCUUUAGCUUAUGUGACGAUGGGCAUAGAUCUAGGCAACCUUGCCGCUCUCAGGACAUUUCGAGUCCUCCGAGCCUUGAAGACUGUCGCUAUUGUACCAGGUCUGAAAACCAUUGUCGGCGCUGUGAUAGAAUCCGUGAAGAACCUGCGCGAUGUGAUAAUCCUGACGAUGUUCUCUCUCUCCGUCUUUGCGCUGAUGGGCCUCCAGAUUUACAUGGGGGUGCUCACGCAAAAGUGUAUAAAGAACUUUCCCGAGGACGGCUCCUGGGGCAAUCUCACCGAUGAAAACUGGGAGCGAUUCGUUAGCAAUGAAACUAAUUGGUACGUGGACGAGGCGAAAAACAUGCCUUUGUGUGGAAAUUCAUCUGGAGCAGGGCAGUGCCUUCCUGGCUACACGUGUUUACAAGGAUACGGUGAAAAUCCGAAUUAUGGUUACACGAGUUUCGACACCUUUGGCUGGGCUCUACUCUCCGCUUUUCGUUUGAUGACGCAAGAUUAUUGGGAAAAUCUGUAUCAACUGGUGCUUAGAUCGGCCGGUCCAUGGCAUAUGUUGUUCUUUAUCGUGAUCAUUUUCCUCGGCUCCUUUUAUCUGGUUAACUUAAUCCUCGCUAUUGUCGCAAUGUCUUAUGACGAGUUGCAAAAGAAAGCUGAAGAAGAAGAAGCUGCCGAGGAGGAAGCCAUAAGAGAAGCCGAGGAGGCAGCUCUAGCGAAAGAGAAUAAGCUGGCGGCGCAGGCGGCGGCUCGGGAGGCGGCAGCCGUUGCGGCGGUGGCCGCCGCCGAUCAGAUCGUCAAAUCACCGUCAGACUUCUCAUGUCAUAGCUAUGAACUGUUCGUUGGUCAGGAAAAAGGGAACGACGAUAACAACAAGGAGAGGAUGAGCAUACGUUCGAUCGAGUCAGUCAGCGAGCAUAGAGUGAAACAGAUCAACAAUCACACAGCCACCACUAAACCACGAAAAGUCAGCGCUGUCUCUCGCGCCGCUAAUGGCCAGUUUACUUAUGCCUACCAGGAAAGCCUGCGGAAGGCGAGUCUUAGCCUGCCUGGCUCACCGUUCAAUCUCCGUCGAAGCAGCCGCGGUAGCCAUCAGUUCACGAUCAGAAAUGGCCGGGGCCGUUUCGUCGGACCGCCAGGAGGCGACCGGAAGCCGUUGGUCCUGUCGACGUUCCUCGACGCUCAGGAACACCUGCCAUACGCGGACGACUCUAACGCGGUCACGCCAAUGUCGGAGGAGAAUGGCACGAUCGUCGUGCCCGUCUACUACGCGAAUCUUGGAUCCAGGCACUCGUCGUACACGUCGCACGCAUCACGGCUUUCGUACACGUCCCAUGGUGAUUUGAUCGGUGGAAUAGCAAACGCGGGGAAACCGAUGACGAAGGAGAGCCAGCUGAGAAUCAGAUCUGUCAGGCCACCAUCCGUGAAUGGCCAUUUCACGGAUUCUAAUCAGAAGUACCAUUACGAGGGUGAUCUAGAAGAUCCCAUGGGCAAGGCAAAGCAACAAGACAAUCCGUUUAUAGAGCCUUCACAACAACAUGCCGUAGUUGAUAUGAAAGACGUGAUGGUGCUGAACGAUAUCAUAGAGCAGGCCGCGGGUCGACAGAGCAGAACACCGGAGCAAGGAGUUUCGACCUAUUACUUUCCGACAGACGACGAUGAAGAAGGGCCAAAGUUUAAGGACAAAUUGUUGGCCGCGGUGCUACGUUGCAUCGAUAUCUUCUGCGUGUGGGAUUGUUGCUGGUUGUGGCUUGAGUUUCAAAAAUACGUGUCUCUUGUGGUGUUCGAUCCAUUCGUAGAGUUGUUCAUCACCCUUUGUAUCGUCGUCAAUACAUUGUUCAUGGCGCUCGAUCAUCACGAUAUGGACAAGGAUAUGGAAAAAGUGCUCAAGACAGGAAACUACUUCUUCACGGCAACAUUCGGUAUCGAGGCAACGCUGAAACUCAUAGCAAUGAGUCCGAAAUAUUACUUUCAAGAAGGAUGGAAUAUUUUCGACUUCAUUAUCGUCGCUCUUUCGCUUCUGGAGUUGGGAUUAGAAGGUGUCCAAGGUCUCUCCGUAUUGCGAUCCUUCAGAUUGUUAAGAGUGUUCAAACUGGCAAAAUCGUGGCCUACGUUGAAUCUGCUAAUUUCCAUCAUGGGCAGAACAGUAGGCGCGCUGGGUAACCUGACGUUCGUGUUAUGUAUCAUCAUCUUCAUUUUCGCCGUGAUGGGUAUGCAACUGUUUGGAAAGAACUAUACGGACAACGUUGAUCGGUUCCCCGAUGGAGAUCUACCGAGAUGGAAUUUCACUGACUUUAUGCAUUCGUUCAUGAUCGUGUUUCGCGUACUCUGUGGAGAGUGGAUCGAGUCUAUGUGGGAUUGUAUGCUUGUGGGCGACGUCUCUUGCAUACCAUUCUUUCUGGCUACUGUUGUCAUCGGUAAUCUGGUUGUGCUGAAUCUCUUCUUGGCUUUGUUGCUGAGCAACUUCGGUUCGUCGAAUCUAUCGGCGCCGACCGCGGACAACGAUACGAACAAGAUCGCGGAGGCGAUCGAUCGAAUAGCACGAUUUAUUAAGUGGAUCAAGCGAAAUGUCCUUUAUCUUGCUAAAAUGAUGCGAGCCAAACUCACCAAUCAGAUAUCCGAUCAGGCGCCAGGUGAGGGACCGUCCAACAGUUGGAAAGAAGAUGGAAUUGAUCGCGAUGGGGACCUAGAUCUUGCAGAUGGCGAGCUGGAUGCGUAUAGAGAUAAAAAGAGUGCCAAGGAGAUAAACCAACUCGAAGUUGCUAUCGGAGAUGGAAUGGAAUUUACCAUCCAUGGAGACCUAAAGAAUAAAUUGAAGAAGGGUAAACUGUGCAUGAACAACAGCAAAGUUAUAGCAAAUUCGAUAAACCAUCGUGACUACAGGCUGGACAACGAUUAUAUUAAUCAGAACGAGGACGAUACCAUCAGUAAUAAAUCAUAUGGCAGCCACAAGAAUAGAGCGUUCAAGGACGAAAGUCAUAAGGGAAGUAUGGACUCGUUGGAUGGGGAAGAAAAGAAGGAUGCGAGUAAAGAAGACCUGGAACAAGAAGAAGAUCUUGGAGAUGAGGGAGAAGAGGGAGAUGGCGUCCUAGGGGAUGCAAUUAUCCAAGCAGACGAAGAUCCCAUCGAAUCCGACUAUCCGGCUGACUGUUGUCCAGAAAAUUGUUACAAGAAAUUCCCGUUCUUAGCUGGUGACGAUGACGCUCCAUUUUGGCAGGGUUGGGCCAACUUGAGACUGAAGACCUUCCAACUAAUUGAGAACAAGUAUUUUGAGACUGCCGUCAUUUUGAUGAUCCUUUUGAGUAGUAUGGCUCUCGCCUUGGAAGAUGUGCAUCUUCAACAACGACCCAUUCUGCAAGAUAUCUUAUACUACAUGGACCGAAUAUUUACUGUGAUUUUCUUCCUCGAAAUGUUAAUCAAAUGGUUGGCUCUCGGCUUCAAAAAGUACUUCACGAACGCUUGGUGCUGGCUUGAUUUCAUCAUUGUCAUGCUCUCACUGAUCAACUUGGGCGCCAUCUGGGCAGGCGCUGCCGACAUCCCGGCCUUCCGUUCCAUGAGAACACUGAGGGCCUUGAGGCCUUUACGAGCCGUGUCACGAUGGGAGGGCAUGAGAGUAGUCGUCAACGCUUUGGUUCAAGCCAUUCCAUCCAUUUUCAACGUGUUACUGGUGUGUCUUAUCUUCUGGUUGAUCUUCGCCAUUAUGGGUGUACAGCUUUUUGCCGGCAAAUAUUUCAAGUGCGUAGAUGCCAAUAAAACCACACUCAGCCACGAAAUAAUCCCUGACCGAAACGCCUGUUUGGCUGAGAACUAUACCUGGGAGAAUUCUCCGAUGAAUUUCGACCACGUAGGAAAGGCUUAUCUGUGCUUGUUCCAAGUGGCCACGUUUAAAGGAUGGAUUCAGAUCAUGAAUGACGCGAUAGAUUCUAGGGAGCUCAACAAACAACCAAUUCGUGAAACAAACAUCUACAUGUAUUUCUAUUUUGUAUUCUUCAUUAUAUUCGGAUCGUUUUUUACCCUUAAUCUAUUCAUUGGUGUGAUCAUCGAUAACUUCAACGAGCAGAAGAAAAAGGCGGGUGGUUCCCUGGAGAUGUUCAUGACGGAAGACCAGAAGAAAUAUUACAACGCUAUGAAAAAGAUGGGUAGCAAGAAACCAUUGAAAGCCAUUCCACGUCCAAGAUGGAGGCCGCAGGCGAUAGUGUUUGAAAUAGUGACGGACAAAAAGUUCGAUAUGAUAAUCAUGUUGUUCAUUGGACUGAAUAUGCUUACGAUGACGCUGGACCAUUAUCAACAAACUCAGACUUUCAGCGAUGUUCUGGACUAUCUAAACAUGAUAUUCAUUGUGAUAUUCACCAGCGAGUGUCUCAUGAAGAUCUUCGCUCUACGUUACCACUAUUUCAAGGAGCCAUGGAACCUCUUUGAUUUUGUUGUUGUUAUAUUGUCAAUAUUAGGUCUGGUUCUCAGCGAUAUUAUUGAGAAAUAUUUCGUAUCGCCGACCUUGCUCCGUGUAGUAAGGGUGGCAAAAGUCGGUCGUGUGCUUCGACUCGUGAAAGGUGCUAAGGGUAUUCGAACUCUUCUCUUCGCCCUGGCGAUGUCGUUACCAGCUCUCUUCAAUAUUUGCCUAUUACUGUUUUUGGUGAUGUUUAUCUUCGCGAUUUUUGGAAUGUCAUUCUUCAUGCACGUGAAAGACAAGAGCGGACUGGAUGAUGUAUACAAUUUCAAAACGUUCGGCCAGUCGAUGAUAUUGCUAUUCCAGAUGUCAACGUCUGCCGGUUGGGAUGGCGUCCUCGACGGUAUAAUAAAUGAGGAGGACUGCCAGGAACCGAACAACGAGAUAGGAUAUCCGGGCAACUGUGGUUCGUCCACGAUCGGCAUCGCCUAUCUUCUCUCGUACCUGGUGAUCAGCUUCUUGAUCGUGAUAAACAUGUACAUCGCCGUGAUCUUGGAGAAUUACUCCCAAGCUACCGAGGAUGUGCAGGAGGGUCUGACGGAUGACGACUACGACAUGUACUACGAGAUCUGGCAACAGUUCGACCCAGAUGGAACGCAGUACAUCAGAUACGAUCAGCUGUCCGAUUUCUUGGACGUGCUGGAGCCACCGUUACAGAUACACAAGCCAAACAAGUACAAGAUCGUAUCUAUGGACAUCCCAAUAUGCAAGGGGGAUAUGAUGUUCUGCGUAGACAUUCUGGAUGCUCUCACGAAAGACUUCUUCGCGCGCAAGGGUAAUCCGAUCGAGGAGUCGGCAGAGAUCGAGGUUCAGACGCGUCCAGGUGAGGCUGGUUACGAACCAGUUUCCUCGACUCUGUGGCGUCAGCGUGAGGAGUAUUGCGCGCGUCUGAUUCAGAACGCCUGGAGAAAGCACAAGCAACAACGUCUAGGCGGACCAAGCGAAGAAAGCGACGACGCUGACACCGAUCCACGGGUCAGACAGACCGCGGUCUUGGUCGAGAGCGACGGUUUCGUGACGAAAAAUGGCCACAGAGUCGUCAUACAUAGCCGAUCGCCGAGCGUAACCUCGAGAACCGCGGACGUCUGAUCGGCGUCCACGACGUCCCAAGCACCGCCACCGUCGUAGUAAGCGCCACCACGACUAACAACUAUAGAAUUAUAACAGACGCGCUAAUACUGCUCGCGGAGAGCAGCGGCCUCACGGACCUCGCGCGCGCUCUCCAUCGACAGCCUUAUAGUUGUAUAAACAAAAUAUUAAAAAAAAAAAAUACAUUCCUCCAACGAGUUGCCUUUAAAUCCAUUGUAAACGCUACGAUCGUUGGGAGACACGUCGCUAGCUGAUGAACACACAAGAGCGAGAAAUGGGACACAUGAGGGAACAGAACACAGGAUGUUUCAUUUUGGUUUUUCUGGGCGAGUCGUUCGAGAAUGGGGCGCGAAUAGUGAGACGACAGAGAGAAACAUAGACUGCUGAUACCGCGUACACCCAUCGUCCGUGCUCGUUGUUGGCAUUAGCUCGGUUCUCUCGUUCCGCGGAGGAAUAUUUAUGGAAGAAACCGUGAUCGAAUAUAAUAGGAUUUGGCUACGAAACGAAGAUAAGGAUGGACAUACGAAGAGGAAUCGAAGGGCAAGAACUGACAACAGAAAAGAACAUAUACAAAGAGUAUAACGAUAGUCGGUGUAUAGAGAAGUGUACUCGACUAUGAACAACGUAACCUUCGAGUCAACUUCCCCCCCUUAAAAAAACAAAUCAGGACUCGACGGUUCACGUUGCAACGUACUCAGAAUUCCUGCCCUCGAUGGACUUCGUUACGGCAUUCCUUACCGUUCUUCUUCUUUUAGAGAUCGUACGAUGACGAUGACGAUCCGCGCCAGCUGCGUUAUAUGCACGCGUACUCGAAACGCAAUGAAACGAAAACAAAGAAUCAUCUUUUCGCGUGACCGACAUUGAAACGAAGACCUGCGUUCCACGGUGAGACAGUUAAUAUCGCCGCGUUCACAAAACGGAGAAAGAAAACAAGAGAUCAGCGAUCGUUUCUCAUCUAUUCUAGAGGAAACAAAAAUUAACACGGUACAUAGCCGAUUCGUAAAAUUUUACCCGCGUAUAUUGGAUUUUUUACAUGAUAUUGAACAGCGACUCGCCAAUUCGCUGAUAAACACAACAAACGAAGAAGGAGGAGGUUAUAGAAAAUCUAUAAAAAUGUAAAAAUCAAUGUUGAUUCGCUGCGGUCGAGGUUCGUGGGUGACAUUUUGAUCCGUUAUUCUGGUCAUCGUACAGUGGUGUAUAAAGACGAAAGAGUUUUCUGAACCUGAAACUGAACAGAAAAGAAAGAAGGAAACGAGAAAAGAACGACGGAACAAUGGAGAAAACGAAGACAUUGAUGAAGAUGCUGAUCAUAACUGACGAUAAUAGUGAGGAUGAUCAUAGAACGAUUAUGAUAACGAUUAUAAAUGAUGAUGUUGAUGAUUAUGAUGAUGAUAAUGAUGAUGAUGAUGAUGGUGAACAAGAAUGUUAAUAAUGUGAAAUGUACGCGUAGUUUACUACAUUCGCUCGGCUUGAACAAUUUUUGCGCAAUACGAUGCGCGAACAUCCGAUCGCGCGGCUUUAUUUUAACUGACCCUCUGCUUCUCUGUUCCUCGUCACUGCACUUCGAUAUUUAAUAUUAUAACGGUUAUAUUAUAACGGUUUGACGACUUUGAUAUUUAUUUUAAUAUUCGAUCAUAUAAUUACUAUUUAUUUAAAAGAACUAAUAAGAAUUACUCUCAUAGAGCGAUUUAGAGAGAAAUACGAUUGGAGUAAGUCGGUCGGUAAAACAGUUAUGUACUAAUAACUCUUCUUUUCCCCUAUGAGUUUUCAUUGUUAUGUUGAUAGUCGUUGAUGAAAAUGUGACUAUCUCUUUUUUUUAGAUAUCUAUGAACAAUAUUCUUGCCAAAGAGGAACAGAGAGGGGGAAGGUGUGGCGAAUACAAAUUUCGCAAUCAUCAUCAGCUAGAUACUUACACAUUUGCAAAAAACUUACACAGACACAAUCUUACACGACGUAGUGAUGCGCUUUGGAAUAAAUGAAUAUACAUAAUAGUGUAACGUUAUUCGAAUAAUUGUAAUCGACAACCGUGCGCCCGUAAACCCGUCUCGCAGUACGCGUAGUAUAUCUUUUAAAUGAAUAAAACGCCGCACGUUUAAAUAGGCUGAAAGAAUUAACGAUUAACUCGGUUGAUAACGUAGAAUUGGGCACAACUGUUUUUGGCUCGUUUUCAACUUAUAUUUCUAAUAGAUAUUUAACUCUCAAUUAUUAUGGCGAAAUACUUGUUAAAUCAGUAAUAUAAUUAGGCAACUUUGAGAUUUAAAAUUAUAUUUAUUUGUUAGUGAAGAUGAGUAUAUUUUAUCGAAUUAAAUGUUUUGUCAUUUUCAUAUUGGAAAAUUAUUAAAAUAUUACGAAUUGCAAAAACGAUAUAAAUAUUCAGUUUAUCAUUGUUGAUGAUUUUAUAAUUGUUAUAUCAUUCGAAAUUUUAAUUCCGAUCCAGUAAAGUGUUAAUAAGAUUAUUAGAUUCUGAUAAGUACUGAACUCGCCAUAUCGAUUGUUAACCAGUACAUUUUUUGUUAAUAAUUUCAUAUCUUCAAAGUUGUAUAUGUUCCAAAGCAAUAUAACGUCUACUUAAAACAAUUUUUUUAUACAUAUUCGAAUAUAAUUCACAUUUUCUAAAGAUAAAAUUUAAAUUUAAGGAUUCAUUCACGUUUUAGUUAAUUUAUGUUACAAAUUAAUUUCUCUGAGCGAGAAAGUUGUGUCAUUCUACAUAGUUUAACAAUAGAUGCCAAAUCAAGACGUUAAGUUUUUAAAAAAAGAAAUUGUUAAGAUUUUAAAUGAUUAUUUUAAUGUUGGUUAUUUAAAAUAUUUAGUACAUAGUUUCCGUUGAAUUAUCAAAUACGAAUUAUCUCCAUAAGAGGUAACAAACGCCCAAAAGGUAUCCUGAACAAUUUCCGUUUGCGAUUCGAGAAGCUGCACGAUUGUCCAAGGACAAUAACGAUUAACGACACCGCCGAAGCAACAUACACUUUCUUUCGGUACGAAUCGCAAUAUAAAUAUUUAAGAAAAUUCGGUAUAUUUGAAAUAAUUAAAAAAGGAAUCGAUGCUUCAUAGAAGAAAGGAAUCGUCCGAGUUUGUAGCUCGAUUUCGAACGGGUUUACGUGCUUAAGAACCUCGUGAAAGAUCGUGUGCCUAAUCUCGCGAAUAGUACGAUUCUAUCUGCCAUAUGGCUAGAUAGAACUGUGUCACGAUUGAGGAAAGUAAAUCGAUACACAUCGAACGAAAUUCUCAAUGACCGUUAACCAUGGCAUAUGAUUCUAUCACGGGUGAAUAACCUCAAUUGCAUCGUUCUCACGCAACAUACGAUCGCGUAGAUCGCGUGAAAUAAAUCGAGAAACGCGUUGCAAACAGUAUGCACACGGGGACAAACGAAAGUUCGUCGAAACGCGUCUAUCAACGAUGAUAGCGAUGCACAGUUCAUUUUGCCAUAAAAAAAGUACAGAUCAACGUAUAUUAUACACGUAGGUAUGUACACGAAAGAAACUAAUCUCGAUUUGGCGCGCAACGGGCGUGCGUUAACGAAGCAACAACAGAGGACAAAAAUGAACUAUAAUGUGUGUGCGUGUGUGUGUUAACGCGGAUUGCGCGAUCGUUAUUUUUCUACGUUUACAUCCGCGUUCCGGAAUGGAAUAGAGAAAGUAAAAGAUGAUGGGAAAAGGAAAGAGGAGCGACACCACGUUGUCCAUGUUGUCUUAACCGGAAACAGGUGUCGCGCUAGCAGCGGCAGAGACGCGAUAAUAAACGAACAUAGAAUCGUUCUCGCUGGUCGAAAACGGACGUAACGUGGCAAAGAAAUUCGCAGCUCGCUCGAAGGAUUGUAUUUGAAAUGUGUGGCAGGAACGACGACGAGGACAUAACGAGAGCGGUAUAGUUACGGACGUUCUGUGAGCUAGAAAAUGGUGUAAAUUUGUUACAAGCUGGACAGAAAAAAAGAAAGAAAGACGAGGUUAAAGGGAACGUAGGUAUGAUGAGGUUAAAUGCAGGAACAACGCGAGAAAUAACGGGAAAUUAUGGAAAAAGCAGACAAAGAAAAAAAACAAAUGUUCAUUAUUUUAAGCUACGAAGGCUCAAGAGGGUGAGGAUCAUUGUAAAUUACUCGUACAAAUAAUUCACACACUAUCGGUGUCGAGUCCGCUUUGUCAAAGUAUUUUAGAGAAGCCUGUCCGAUAUUAAUGUCCUCGUACCUUUUCUACGUAUAUUAUAAUUGCAUUUCACGAUUCUCGUCGCGGGCCAUUCGAUGAUCCUUUUCGUGAGUACGCUUCAAAGUAUACGCAUGCGCGUGGCUGCGUCCUCGCGACUCGUUCGUUCGGAAGAGGUCGUCGUUCUUCGUUUCUUCCGAGACUCGGCUUUCUUACGCUCUGAAUCUCUCUUUGAGACGAUUUCGAUAAUAUCCCAAUACAAUAUAUCUGCACAAUCACAUCGAUUACCAAUCGGGUAUUCAUCCGCUCAUCAUAUCUAUUAUCUUCGGUAAUCUCUCUGCAACGAAAAAGCAGAAACACUGAUUACGCCUAAAAACAAAAAAAUGCAUACAUGCAUUGUGAUGCCGUUGCUGUUCGCGUAUAUACUUGACGAGAAACUUCGAAUUUUUCUUUUUGUAGGCGCACGUUAUUCGAAAGUUGUUUCGUAGAAGUCAAAACGAUCGCGACAAACGAUACGGUAAAAUGCAUCCGGUAUAACGUAUGACAUAACCUAACAUAACACGGAGCACGAUGAACGGCGACGACGACGAAACGAAACGAAUCGAGGCACGAGAUCGAUCGACGACGAAAUUCAUUUAACUCGUCGAUCCUUCUUCUAUCGAAGUACGACGUAUCUGAUGGUCCGUCCGGCUCACUGUCUAAUUACUCCGAUACCCCCUCUCGCCCCUUUUUAUGUUUUGAACCCCUCCCGUGCUGUAAUAUGUGCAAAUAAUUCGAUAAUAAUCAAAUGGUUUGUACGCAUAUAAUAUACAUAUAUAUUUUCGAUACUACUUUGUCGAAUGGGCAACCGCAAACUUCUAGAAGCAAUAAAAUUCUCGAGACACACGACAAACGUUAGAAAGAAAGAAAGGACGGAAAUAAAAAAAUAUGUAAACAGGGCGUGACGAACGAAACGAGUGCAAUCGCGCGGAAAGUGUUCCAAAACACACUGGCCUCUUUUUAACGAUAAACGGAUCUUUCGGAUUCUGUAGGAAUCGUUCUUCCCCCGAGAGGCACGCCAAAUGAACAUCGUUUCUUCUUCUUCUUCUUCUUCUUUUCUCCUUUUUGUCCGGAUACACAUCCACACAGUGCUUUUUAUCUCGCGAACGUGAAGACUGUGAUCUAGAUUUUUCGUGAUCGAAUGUUCGAUUGAAUCGCAACUUCCCCGGUUUUCAAUCGCGUUUACCAAUCGUUGGUAAGCCUGUUAACAUUCGGCCCGUUUAAUCUACGGUCGUAUCGAAAAGAGAAAAUCGUAAGAAGAUCAGGAACACACGCGUCUCGAAGGGUUGCCUGAAAAUUCGUUUGAGCGUGACGCUCGGAACAAAAACAUGCUCGGGAACGGUGAAAAAAAUGUUCGUUCGAUCGGCCAAAACAUUUGCUAUGGCUGCGAAAAGAAACGAGGGGGAGGGGGGUGGAAGAGUAUGCGUGGUGUGCUUCAUUGAUUUUCGUUUUACCAGAAACAAAAAAUAAACGUACAUUAAAUACCAGCUUUUGCGCGACGACGGCUGUAAGAUAUUAAAGAACAAAAAAAAAAUAUAUAUAUAUAUACAUAUAGGGCUUUCCUUCGUUAAGCGAGGUAAGACGAGAUUUAAACGUACUUUCUCCGUGGACGAUACUGCCGUUACGCAUUGUAUAAAGAAGAAAUGAAACUAAGUUAACUAAUCGUAAAUGCACGAAAUUUUCUUAAACGGAUAGCGAACAAAAAAAAAAACAAAAAAGGCUUUGUAGUGUCUCGAAAACUCUCGAAACUCAUUAACCUAAACGUCGUCAGAUAAUAAAACUAACUGAUGAGUACACAAAAGCUACUAAAAAAAAAAAAAAAGAAAGAGGA